GCCAUGUAAUAGUCCAUUCUGAUUUAGACUCAGCAUGCCAUACUGUUCGAUUUCGAGCACGCCAUUUCUCGUCUCCUUUCGUUAUCAGAUGCCUGUCAAGAUCGAUAACCCCGCAUAGUUCCCACACGUGUCCUUGCUCCACCACUCACCGGUGAAACUUGAACGGUUACAUGCAGGAGGCGUUUUUGACGUUCACAAUUCUCAACCGCCAUCUAGAUCUAGAGCGUUUAAUCUAGGCUUGAGUUGUCGUUGAACCUUUGUGGCGUGUCUUCUGUUUCGAUUGGCAUCAUGUUAGCAUUGGGCCUCGCUGCCGUAUUGUCAGUACUGGCCACUCAAGUCGCAGCCAAUACUUUCCCGCAAAACCAGGUCCCUCUAACUGGCAACACACAACAUGACGAGUCGACAACGGCCGAGCAGCCAAAUAUUGUCUUCAUCCUGACUGAUGACCAGGAUCUACAGAUGCAAUCAAUGGACUAUCUUCCCUUAAUCAAGAAACACCUUCGGGAUCAAGGCACUUUUUACAAGCGGCAUUUCUGCACCACGGCUUUGUGUUGCCCCUCAAGAGUUUCCCUUUGGACGGGCAAGGCAGCUCACAAUACGAAUGUCACCGAUGUCAAUCCUCCAUAUGGUGGUUAUCCAAAGUUCGUUAGCCAGGGCCUAAAUGAGAAUUAUCUACCAAUAUGGCUUCAAGAUGCAGGCUAUAACACAUACUAUACUGGCAAGAUGUUCAAUGCUCAUACGGUUGAGAACUACAACUCACCACAUGUCGCCGGCUGGACCGGCUCGGAUUUCCUCUUAGACCCCUACACUUACUCUUACCUCAAUAGCACCUAUCAGCGAAACCAUGAGGCGCCAGUCAGUCAUGAAGGCGAAUACUCUGUUGAUGUACUUGCCGAGAAGGCCUAUGGCUUCCUCGAUGAUGCAGUGUCCGCCGGACGACCAUUCUUCCUAGCACUUGCCCCAGUCGCACCCCACAGCAACCUCAAUGUCUCCCUUGUCAACGGCUUUGCCGAACUUGGUACGGCCAUAUUCUCUGCUCCUAUCUACGCAGAGCGCCACGCACACCUCUUCAAGGAUGUCAAAGUCCCACGGCCGGACAACUUUAACCCGGAUCGGCCGUCCGGUUCCAAUUGGGUAAAGAAACUGCCCAAGUUGAGCGAAGAGAUCUCCGUUGAUGAACUUGUCGAUGGGGUCGUCUCUCGCCUCGCGGACUAUGGCAUCCUAGAUAAUACUUACAUCAUUUACACAUCUGACAAUGGAUUCCACAUUGGCCAACAUCGGCUCCGACCUGGAAAGGAAUGCGGGUUUGAGGAAGAUAUCAACGUCCCGUUGAUCAUACGUGGACCUGGGGUCCCUCAAGAUUUCGUGACAGAUAUUGUAACCACUCACACCGACUUGGCACCGACCAUUCUCGACCUCGUCGGACGAAAAGUACCAGAGACUGCUCAUCUUGAUGGUGAAGCCAUUCCAUUGACAAUAUCGGGAAUAUCAGACGCCACGAAGACGCGACACGAGCACGUCAACGUUGAGUAUUGGGGAUUCGCGAUUGCAGAGGGGCGAAAAUUUCCAGGGCACGAGAACCGAUGGUGGAAUAAUACUUACAAAGCGUUGCGAAUCGUCAGUGAUUCGUGGAACCUUUACUACUCGGUGUGGUGUACAAACGAGCACGAACUCUACGACCUCAAUACCGAUCCUGGGCAGUUAAUCAAUCUGCUAUCCCACGAUGAGCAGUCCACAGCCGCGCCAACAUAUAUCCAGGGCUACUCGCUUGAGAAAGUCGCGGCGCGUCUGGACUCUGUGCUCUUCGUUCUCAAGUCAUGUAAAGAGGAGACGUGUGUCCACCCUUGGCGAGCCUUACAUCCUGCAGGGAACGUGGAGAACUUGAUGGAUGCGCUAUCCUCGCGAUAUGACCAGUUCUACAUGCAACAGCAAGCACGGAUUGAGUUCGAUCGAUGUGAGAAUGGAUAUAUCGUGGACGCGGAAGGACCGCAGUUUGAGAAGGAUGGUUUGGUUGAUAGACAUGGGCUGUCAUGGUCUGAAUGGGCGUAAGAGGUAAUUCUUGCUCCAGAUCUUGCGUCGUUUCAAGCAAUGAGGCUUUUUGCGAAGACCACCAGCCACAUGGGCACUUGGCUGCAAACCUUUCUUGGAAGAACAAAAGGAACUACAACAGAAUACGACCCAUUUUACCCAUAUGAAGAUGCGUCACU